CUAAAAAUUAUGGGAAAACUGCCAACAAAAAAUGUCAAAUCAUUACAAUUUUUGUUUUGAACAUAUGUGUAUGAGAAAAAACUGCUAAGAAUUGCUAAAAGUGAUGUGAAAAUUGGCCAGUCAUUAAAAUUUUCGUUUUUAAACAAAUACUUAUAAAUGUUUUCACAUAAUAUUUAAGAAUAAUGCUUGAAGAACGUUUCUACUCCGAGUACCUCAACAGCAGUUGCGAUAAGGUUCUGGCCUGAGUGAGCUGAUUAGUUACAAACUGCUGGACAAUAUUGAAUCGGCCCUUUUUCUGUACCCGUAUAUAUCUGUGACUGUGAUCUGUGACUGAAGGGUCGGCAACCGCGCUUCCAUUAGACCUCUUGAAGAAGACCAUUUCGGAAGAGGACGACCAAAGGAUGUACUUCUUCGACAUGGCUAGUCUCUAGUAUUCGAGGGAUAUUGUUCUAAAUUCUAGGCUGAACAGUGCUAAAAAGCCAUUAAUACGUUAUUACAUUUAGAAUGAAUUACAACAACUGAAAAAAAAAUCAAACAUCAAUUUAUUAUGCUGCAAGAAUCCAGAAUUUCAACGCUUAUCCGGAACCGAGAAGUGCAAUGAAACCGUAGCUGUGACUAUUCAUAAGGUGUUUGUACUCCAUGUGUAUUUGGUUUGCAUACAAUUGGCCGGGUCACUGUACAAAUGACACCGCCUCCGUCGGCGCAGCUUGUAUAUAAAUAGCGCGACCAUACCCAAUUGAUUUUCUAUUGAAGUGUAUUUUCAACUUGCAAGAUUCGGGAGAAAAACGCAAUAUCCAAUGCCGAAAUGGACACCGGCAUCCAAGCGUUCUAUAAGGACAAGGUGGUGUUCCUGACAGGUGCAACCGGAUUUUUGGGAAAAGUAAUAAUUGAGAAACUUUUGCGAACUACGGAUGUGAAACGAAUUUACUCCAUGGUCAGGCCCAAACGGGGACAGGAUAUUCAGGAACGCAUUGAGACAUGGCAAAAGGAACCACUCUUUGAAGUCCUGCUGAAGUCGAAGCCCGAGGCUCUCAAGCGGAUCGCCACGAUCGCAGGCGAUUGUUUGGAGCCCGACCUCGGCAUCAGUGAGUCGGACCGCCAGCUGCUGGCCUCCGAGGUCCAGAUCGUACUCCAUGGAGCUGCCACAGUGCGAUUCAAUGAGCCGCUCCACGUGGCUCUGGCCAUCAACACGCGGGCCACAAGACUAAUGCUCCAGUUGGCCAAGGAGAUGAAACACCUGGAGGCCUAUUUGCACAUCUCCACAGCGUUCUCCAACUGCGUGAUCUUUCGAAUCGAGGAGAAGUUCUAUCCGGAGCACCUCACCUGCGAUUCGGAAAAGGUCCUGGCCAUGAGUGAGCUAUUGGGUGACCAAAUGAUGGACAGUCUGACACCCACUCUGCUUGGAUCCUACCCCAACACUUAUACCUACACCAAGGCUCUGGCGGAGGAUGUGAUCCUUAGAGAAGCGGGGGACCUUCCUCUGAGUGUCUUUCGACCGGCAAUUAUUAUUGCCAGCCAUAGAGAGCCAGUAGCCGGCUGGAUUGACAAUCUUUACGGACCCAUAGCCCUAAUUUACGGCGUGAGCCAUGGAGUCCUGCGUGUGAUCAGCAUCAAGAAAAAUGGCUUUUCCAACUUGGUGCCCGUGGACUACUGUGCCAAUGUGGCUUUGGCCAGUAUCUGGCAAACGUCCAAGGACAAAGCCCGACGGCAUCCGACAAAACAAAAACAGCCAGCCAUUUACACUUUGGCACCCAAUGAACGCAAUCCACUGAGCAACACGGAGUUCGUAAAGUUCUCUUUUAGCUGUCGAGAAGCAUUUCCGCUGGUUAAGAUGAUCUGGUACCCGUUUCUGCACUGCAUCUCCACACCGUACCUGUAUCCACUGGCCGCGUUCUUCUAUCACACUUUACCAGGCAUUUUCUAUGAUCUGGCCCUAAGAGUUUCGGGCAGAAAACCUCGUCUGGUGAAGCUUUACCGAAGUAUUCACAUCAACAUUUCGCUCCUCACGUACUUUUUGCACAACAGUUUUUACUUUGAGACCAAGAGUACGGAUCGAUUAAGAGCGCUGAUGUCUCCGGAGGAUCAGCGAAUAUACAACUUCGAUAUGGAGGCAUUGGUCUGGAAAGAGUACUUCCAAAAGGCCCUUUUUGGCAUGCGACUUUACCUGGGUAAAGAACCUCCCACACAGGAAUCCGUAGACCAGGGACGUCGAUUGUUAAGAUUAUUGAAGAUCUUGCACUUUGGCCUGAUGACCAUACUGUUGGGCAUUGCCGGAAUCGUUCUGUGGUCAUUGAUCAAAUUAAUAAUUUAAUUUUAGUAUUAGGGCUCACUGAAACAGUACAUUAAUAAACAUCGGGGUUGUUCACUAAAUCGAAUGGCAAAAAACUGUUUUAGGAAAUAAAACAUCAUUUGUAAAUACUCAGU